GUUUAAUAUGACGAUUCUGUUUUGUUUUUCUAGACUUCCUACUCCGCUCAGGAUUGUGAUAGGGAUAUUCAAAGAAUAAAAGAUCAUAUGGCUGAGUUUCGUCUUCUAGAGAAGGCUUUGCGCAAAAGAUUAAACAAAUACAAAAGCUUGAAGCAGUCUACACCAUUUAAGAAAGACAUGCUGACGUCGACUGCAACUCCGGCCGACAUCACUACAGAGACGUUAAGUCCAACCAAUGACUUAUUACCUACUGUUUCAACUAUAGACAGUGUGCCAACUUCCACUGUAACUUCAGUCCUCAUCUCAACUAAACCAUUAGUUACGACAACCUAUUUACAACAACCUAUUAUAAUCGACUGUACUAACAAUUGGAACGAACCAACAAGCUACGUCUACGUUGGCUGUUAUAAUGAGGAAACGCCAUUCACAGGAGGAAGAGUAAUAGCAACAGUCGAAGGACAGUAUCCGACAGUUUCGGGCUCGUAUAGAGCCAGAACAAAUGCAAUACAGAAAUGUGCAAGAAUAGCAUUUUGUUUGGGAUACAAGGUUUUUGCCCUACAAGAUGGUGGCUGGUGUGCUACAUCAGAGAACGCCCACUUGACGUACAAUUCAUAUGGCCAUUCCUCUGCGUGCCCACCAGGAGGAGGCGAAGGAGCUCCAGCCACGAAUGCUGUAUACCAGAUAACUAACAAUUUUUAAACUGUUUGUAUAAGACUCUGGUAAUAACUUUGAACCUAACAUAAGCCUAAUACGAUUUGAAUAAAAUGAAUUUUUUCUGUUUCUGUCUUGUACUUAUCAAGACUCGUCCUAUCAGCCCAGUAUAUAAACCCGGAUAUAUUUUACGGACGACCGACUACCUUUGGUCUUACAAAACUAAUUUUUUUUUUUUUUCCAAUCUUCAAAUAGAUACAACUUCACUAAAAUAUUGUGUUAGUGGUAUUUCAAAUUGCUUACAGAAUUCGUUUGCUUAUAAAAUUAUCGUACGUUAGUAAGGUGGGCAAGAAGCAUCCAAACGAACUGAUUAGUAGCGUAGCCAACCUAAAAGUUUGGUUGGGGCAAUUUUUUGGUGAUUACGUAUUACGACGCGUACUCGCGCUUUUUGCUCUGAAAAGACCACAUUAAAGCAGCCACCGAUAUCUUAAAAAAUCUAUCCACACACUUACUCCAUUAAUCAAGAUAUAUAAGUGCGCAUUUCAUCUAUCUCGGUUGGUGCAUUUGGGGAAAAUGCUAAAUAGGCACUGUAUAGCAACCUCGUCAAAUCCCAAUCGGAGAAUAAUUGUCGCUUUGUAUUUCUAAACAAUAUGUGUACGUAUGAAAUUUUCAUUCAUCUGCAAAAGUUAGUUGAUUAAAUCAAUUGAAUUUUGCUCUGUCUUUUUAUCUCUCAGAUUAUAAAAGUAAAAUACCAAUAUCUGUGUCAUCGUUUAUUUUAUUUUUCCUCGUCGUGUCAAUGUCCCAGUUAGAUGUAUAAACACUUUGUUACUUACCGAUUGAAGUUCCUGAGUAAAUUAAAAUUACUUCAUUCAAUGACCCGGAUGUAUUUGCUCUAUAUUUAAAAA